AUGGAAUACACCCAAGUUUUAGUGUCCGAGUCAUUUGAUAUAAAAAAUACCGCCACAGAAAAGAUUCCGGUUGCUACACUUUUGAUUGAAGAUGAAUAUCACACAAUAUACAACACAGAAAAUGUCAUUGGCAGAGAAAAAACAUGUGAUAUUGUCAUUAGCAACAAUGCGGUAUCAAGCAAACAUGCAGUCAUCGAAGCAGAAGAUUCUGAUGCCCACUUGAUUUAUGAUUUAGGAAGUACUAAUAAGACGAAAUUGGGCAAGAUGGUUCUUAAACCUCAUGUUCGUUAUCAUAUAAAUGAUGGGGAUAGUGUGACUUUCGGUAAUGUUUCAGCACAAUAUAAUAUAUCGAGGAAAUAUCUUACAACGCCUGUUAAAGGUAAUACCACAUUGAAUUCAUGUUCUAUACCUGAAACUCCUGAACGUCUAGUUUCAACUUUAGAAUUAGAUGCUACUGAAAGCACCAAACAGAAAGUUGAAAGCUCAGCUUUAGAAUUGUCUGACACAGAUUUAUUUGAUGAAAAAGAAGCUGAUACCAAUUUAUAUCUUAAAGAAAUUCCAAGUAGUCCAUCUAAACCCAGUAAUGAUAUUUACGAAUUAGAUACAUUAUCCUUUGAUGAACACAUUGAAAAUCAUGUAAAAAAAACAGACCAUUUAGAGGAUUUAAAUAAAAUUAAUGUUAUACCAGCAAAUAACGAUGUUGAGGAGAAGGGUUUUGAUAUUGAUCCACAGGAACUAGGUCAUGAUGAGAAACCUGUGUCAAAGAGUCCUCCCAUGCAUGAUAAAGAUAAAACAAAAACCAAUUUCGGUUGGGAAGAUUUUCCAGAAAUCACUUCUCAUGUUGAGUUGGAUUCCUCAAGUGCUAAUAAUCUUGUCCAUUCAAAGUCUAAAGUAAGUUCAUCUUUCUUAGAUAUAACAAAUGAUGAUUUGAAACCUGAUCAGCAUAUCCCAAAAAAUAUAGGAGGAGUUAUACUAUCAGAUUUAUGUAAACCUGCUUGUAUUGAUUCUGACAAACAAGAUGUAUCGUCUACAUCUAAAGAUGGUGAAUUGAAAAUAGUUGAUGAGACCGAAAAGGGAUUGUUAUCUGAAAAAACAUAUAUAGAGCCUAAAACUCCUGGCAUUGGCGGAACUAAAGAUAGUCUAUAUUUGGAAAAUGAUUGUUACAUUCCCAUGUCACAGAACAUUGAUAUGUUUGAAGAAAGUCCAGAAAAAACGGAUGAACGUCCUGAACAAGGUGAUGUUUAUGAAAUGCUCACACAAGUAAGUAUUGAAAAUAAAGAAGUAAACAAUUCAAUAUAUGAUAUCCAAACACAGAUGGUUAUUGCUGACAAUGACUCUGAGUCCAAAGUCGAUAAAGAAAAUGAAUCUAUUUCAAUAACGUCUCCAAAUACAAAACUCAGUAUGUUAUUAGAGUCAGCCUCUCAACCUGCUGAGAAUAAUGAUAAAGAAGAAAUGAACAAUACUUCUUAUUUAAAAACCAAAGUGAUCGAUGAAACUGACAAUAACUGUAGUUUUUCAGAAUCAAUCUAUGAAGCAGAGACACAACCCUUCUUACAGAAGGUUAGUAAAGAACCUAUUUCAGAAAUAUCCAACUGUUUACCAGAAAGAAUGGAUAAAAAUGGAAGUGUUACCUCUGCUAUAGUUGUAACCACUCAGCCAUGUAUUCAUGGUUCUUUAGAAAUACAGGAUUCUACCUCAUCUGAAAUUAAUAAUAAAGCUGAUGAAAAGGAAAAUUUGUCUACAACUAUUAUUGGAAGGACUACUCAAUUAUGUCCAGUAGAAAUUUCUAUUGAUCCAUCAAAACAAAGCCAUUCCCCAAAAGCAGUUGUAAAUGUGGAUGAUACAGAAAUAAAAAUUAGCAGUUCAUCUUCUUCUGUUGUUGGAGCAGGAACCAAGCCUACUUCUUUGGUUAAUCAACAGUUAUUACAUGAAGAUAUUGAGAGUAAUUCAUCUGAAAAAAUUUCUGCAAAAGAUUUGUCAAUAUGUGAUUGGUACGAAAUAGCUACGCAACCUUGUCAACCUACUUCAGAAAAUGUGUUAAUAGAAAAAGAAAUACAAAAAAAUGAACUAACAAAGAAUGAUGACCUCACUGAUGAUGUGUUUAAAAAGGAAGCAAUGCAAGAUGACAAAUUUUCUACUUCAAUGUAUGAAAUAGCUACUCAGCCAUGUCCAAAAGAUAUUUUAUCCGAAAAUAACGAAUCUAUUAAUGAAACAACUUUGAAUCCAGAAUUAACAUCAAUGAGGGAUGAUAACAAUACGAAUAACAACUUUUCAAAUUCAAUAUGUGAAAUAGCAACUCAACCAUGCCCAAAAGAUAUUUUUCCUGAAAAAAGUGAAACAACUUUAAGUCCAGAAUUUACAAUGGGUGAUGAAAGCAAUAAAAAUAACUUAUUUUCAAGUUCAAUAUGUGAAAUAGCAACUCAACCCUGCCCAAAAGAAAUUUUUCCUAAAAAAAGGGAAUCAAUUGAUAAUGAAACAACUCCUGGUUCAGAAUUAAAAACAAUGAGUGAAGAAAGUAAUAAAAAUAACAUAUUUUCAACUUCAUUAUGUGAAAUAGGAACUCAACCAUGCUCAAAAGAUAUUUUUCCUGAAAAAGCUGGAUCUAAUAAUGAUACUAUUUUAAAUUCUGAAUUAACCAUAAUAACUGAUGAAAACAAUAAAAAUAGUAGCUUUUCAAAUUCAAUAUGUGAAAUAGCAACUCAACCAUACCUAAAAGAUAUUUAUCCUGAAAAAGCUGAAUCUAUUGAUGCAAAAGUUAGUGAUGAAAGCAAUAAAAAUGAUAUUUUUUCAAAUUCGAUAUGUGAAAUAGCAACUCAACCAUGCCCAAAAGAUAUUUUUCCUGAAAAAGUUGAAUCUAUUAAUGACACAACUUUAAAUUCUGAAUUAACCAUAAUAACUGAUGAAAAUAAUAAAAAUAAAAUCUUUUCAGAUUCAAUAUGUGAAAUAGCUACUCAACCAUGCCCAAAAGAUAUUUUUCCUGAAAAAAGUGAAAAAAUUAAUGAAACAACUUUAAAUUCAGAAAUCACAACAAUGGGCGAUGAAAGCAAUAAAAAUAAUUUCUUUUCAACUUCCAUAUGUGAAAUAGCUACUCAACCUUGCCCAAAAGAUAUUUUUCCUGAAAAAGUUGAAUCUUUUAAUGUCACGACUUUAAAUCCUGAACUAACCACAAUAACUGAUGAAAUCAAUAAAAAUAACAUCUUUUCAGAUUCAAUAUGUGAAAUAGCUACUCAACCAUGCCCAAAAGAUAUUUUUCCUGAAAAAAAUAAUGAAACAACUUUAAAUUCAGAAAUCACAACAAUGGGUGAUGAAAGUAAUAAAAAUAACUUCUUUUCAACUUCAAUAUGUGAAAUAGCAACUCAACCAUGCCCAAAAGAUAUCUUUCCUGGAAAGGCUGAAUCUGAUAAUGAAAAAACUUUAAGUCCACAAUCAAAAACAGUUAAUGAUGAAAACAUUAAGAAUAGUAGCUUUUCAAUUUCAAUAUGUGAAAUAGCAACUCAACCAUGUUCCUUGGAUAGUAAAGGAAUAACUAAUCAAUAUGAAUCUAUUGAAAAGGGUGCUUGUGAUAAAAUGAAUGUUAAAGAAACAGUAGCUCUACAAGUUGGAAAUGAAAUUGAAAUGGCAAUAGAUCCUAAGAUAGUAAAUAGUAAAAAUUUGUUACCACCAGAAAUCAUACAUGAAUUGGACACACUCCCUUUGCUUCAUGCAGAAACUAUACCCAACAUUUUCAAUAAAAGUAUUAUGGUUGAUAAGAAAUCUGCAAAUGAUUAUUCAGAAGGGGAAUCUGUUAACCUUUUGUUAGUAGACAAAACUAAACAGCCUGUAAUUACAGAAUUAAUUGUUAACCAAAAAGAAAUAAUGCCCAUUUUGGAUAUUUCAGCCAACCAAUUUCAGCCUGCACCAUGCCAAGUUGAUUCGAACCUUCCUUCUAAUGAAGAGAAUCUUUCACUUAUAACGAAGGUCUUGGCGACAAGUUGUGAAGUAGAAAAAGUCUUAGUAGAAGCCAGUGAAUCUGAUAUAAAUAUUUAUAAAGCAAAAAAUAUUCUAGUUACUACUAAAGCCAAUGACUUUUCGUUAACUGCUACCCUACCUAAUGCUUUGAGUGAUAGCUUUUUUGAAGCAGCUACACAGCCUUAUAAAAAUGACCAAGGUCAAGAUAGGACUUUUCCAGAUCCAUUGACCAGCAUAUGCAAUGAUUUAUCUGACGAUAAAAUUGGGGAAAUCACUGAUGAACUCAUGUAUGGAAAUAUAUCUACUAAAUUGGAAGAUAAUAACAAAAUUCUUGACAAUAAUAAUCCUACUAAAGAACGCAAUAAACCUCGAAAAAAUGUAGAAACAUCAGACGAUAAUAUAUUUGAAGCUCUUACCGGUCAGGAUUCUUUUUGUUCUCAGAAGAAAAUUCUUUUAAACAAAAUAAACACUGAAAACCCGCCUGAAAAAAUUUCUACACAAGAUCUUCAAAGAAUUCUUGAGAGUGAUGAUAUUAUACAAAAAUAUGACGAAUUUAAGAAGACUGAUGCAACAUCAACUGCCUCUGAUCCUGUUUUAAACAGAGGAAACAAUGUACCUCAAGAUGAUGGAAAUGAAGAUUUAUUGAAAUUGGGGACUAAGGAACUAUGCAAUGAACCUGUUCCUGAUUUGCAUAUCUUAGGUAGUAAUGUUGUGUGUAUAGAUAGUGACUCUUCGCAAGAAUUAAAUAUUAGAUCAAAUAAAAAACGUUCUAAUGUUUUUCCUCCAGAUUCUCAAAGUUUUAGCAACAAAUUUUUAGAUAAUGAAGAUUCAUCUCAAGAACUAAAUAUCAAAUCUAAUAAAAAGCGUUGCAAUAUUUUUCCUCCAGAUUCUCAAAGUUUUACUUACAAAUUUUUAGACAACGAAGACUCAUCUCAAGAACUAAAUAUUAGAUCAAAUAAAAAACGUUCAAAUGUUUUUCCUCCAGAUUCUCAAAGUUUUACUGACAAGUUUUUAGAUAAUGAAGAUUCAUCCCAGGAACUAAAUAUUAAGUCUAAUAAAAAUCGUUGCAACGUAUUUCCUCCCGAUUCUCAAAGCUUUACAAAUAAAUUUUUAGAUAAUGAAGACUCAUCUCAAGAAAUAAAUACCAUAUCUAAUAAAAAGCGUUGCAACGUAUUUCCUCUUGAUUCUCAAGAUUCUUCUUAUAAAAAUUUAGAAUCUGCUAGCAACGUAUCUGAAGAAGAAUGUAUUAAAAUAGUAGGCAAAGAUUCUGUUCUUGAAAGUACCAAAUCAUCUGGUUUCCUAAAUAAAAUAAAUAAUGAUAUCCAAAAGUCAAACAAGGAUGAUAGUUCUGAAAUUGUUAAAAAUACUUCAGUUGAAAAUGAUGAUGAGGCAGAUAUCAAAAUGGGAUUAAAAAAGCUUGAUACCACUACUAGUAAUCAAAAUAAAGUUCUAAAGGAAAAACUUAAUGAAAGGAUUUCUACUUCAGGUAAAAGAAAUAAUAAAGAGAAUAAAAACAAAUCACCACCUGAACGUGAGCGAGAAUCAACUUAUAUUUCUCGUGGUAAUAUCACCCUACAUUCUCCCGAAGUUCUAUCGGAACUUGAGGAACAAUUCAGAUUAACCAAAGUAGCUAUGUCUCCAACACAGUUAUCAGUCGUAAGUGAUAUUGAAAGUGAGAUAAAUUCAAGUCAAGAAGUUGAUGAAUUAGAUAAACAGGGUAUUAGAAGGAGUAUUCGUAAUAGAAAAAACACUGUAUCUGUGAAAAGUUUAAAGAAUACUAAAUCACCCAUUUUGCAUAAGAUGAUUGAGCCGCCUAUUGUAACUUCAAAUGAAAACCUUUUGAAAGAGAAUGAAAGUAAAAGAAAAGAGGCAAAUUCAUCCUCAACUACUUCGAAGGGUGAAAAAUCUUUCAAAAGGUUUAAAAAGGUUUCUCCAGUAAAGAAUAAUACACCUACCAAUGAAAAAUUAGUUAAAGUAACAACUAAUGAAGGUUAUAUCGAAAUUGCCAACAACUAUUCUGACAAUUCCCAGAAUUCUGAAGAAUUAGGCAGAGGUAAAAGAAAACGAACAAGACCAUCUUAUGAAGGCUUUAUUAUAGAAGAAGAGAAAAAAAGAACUUCUCGUAAAAAAUUGUCAUUCUCCAAUUCGGAUGACAGUGAAAAUAUGAGCAAUGUAGCUGCAAAUAUUGAAGAAAUUAAUAAUAGUGUUCCUGAUGAAUCAGUGAAAAAACAAAAUGAUGUUCCCAGUGACAGUAUCAAAAAACAUGUUUCAGUUGUUCUUGACAUUCAGAAAGUCCCAAAAGAGGUACCUGAACUCAAUGUUGAAAAAAGCAGAGUGUCUAAAAAAAAACCAUCAAAGAAAAAUGAAACUUCUCCUGUUUUAGUUGAUAAAAUAUCCAACGUUCCUAAUUCUUCAAUGAAAGAUGAAGCUAAAGCUAAACAAAAUGAAACUUCUUCCAAAGAUAAGAAUUGCAGCUUUUCAUUUAGUGAAAAACUUGAUGAAUUGUUUAACAUUUGGGGACCUGCUGAUCGUGUGAAAUUGUCUCCUAGAGGAGCAAAGAAAUCUUACAAACUAUUAGCAGAGGGUAAAACUGAAUCUGUUAGUCCUACAACUUCUGGUUGUAAAUCUCAAACCUCCAAUAGUUUGGCCAAAGAACCUAAACCAUCCACUAGCAGGUCAAAUAAAAAUAGCAUUAAGGCCGAUGAAAAAAAAAAUGAGCCGAUCUGUAUUGUUGAAACAAAAACUGUUAUUACAAGCAGAAAGCGCAACGUUUCUCAGAAAAGUGAAGUAGUCGAACUAUCUGAUGCUGCAUUAGAGCAAAGCAAGAAAAGGAGAAAGACUAAUUCAGAGAACUCAGAAACCUCUCAAGAACCUGAUACAAAUGAUUCUGAAGUUCGUAAAUCUUCCAGAAUUAUGAGAAAGAAAACUCCUGAUAUUCUACUUGCUGAUUGCAAACAUGAAAAAAAUCCUGGACAGACUAAUAGAACUUCAAAUGAACUACAAAAAAGAGUAGGCAAUCGAUCAACUGAGAGCACUGAAGAUUCUACGUCUGUUAGCAAUAAAAAUAUCAAGACUAGUUUAAGAAAUUCAAGAAACAUAUCCAUGAAGCCUCCAUUAAGUACAGUCAUCGUUAACGUAAAAAAUAAAAAUUCUAAAACGAAAGAAAAAAAAACUCCAAUCCAUAUCAAAGAAAAUUCCUCUCCUGAAAUAAUUGAGGAAAAUUAUUGUUUUUCCCAAGAAUAUAGCUUUCAUGAAAAUAAAAUCAAAAAAGGGAGGAAAAAGCCUUCUGAGAAUUGCUCAGAUCUGCCUUUGAAAAUUAGAAGAUCUAGUCGCAAAAAAAAUGAGAAGACUGCUGAAAGGAAUGUUGAAAAUGUGAUGUUUACUGGUUUUGCAGAUAAAAAGACUAGGUCUCUUGUUAAUGUGCUCGGUGGCCAGAUAGUCGAGUCUCCAUUUACUUGUACUGUAUUGGUUACGGAUAAAGUCAGAAGAACUACUAAGUUUCUGUCAGCUCUUUCUCGAGGUCUGCCAAUUGUUUCUCCUCAAUGGCUUAUUGACUCAAAUGAGAAUGGAAGAUUUUUGGAUUCCAGUGACUUCCUUUUGUCAGAUAAUGAAGCUGAAAAAAUGUUUUCAUUUAAUUUGAAAAAUUCUAUUGAAAAAGCCCAAAAUGGAAAAGUACUUGAUGGUUGGGCUAUUUUUGUUACACCAUCAGUUAAACCUUCACCAGAGGAAAUGAAGAGUAUAAUUGAAUGCAGUGGAGGAAGGUUCUUGUCUAAAGAACUUACACGAUGGCCUAUAAAUUCAAUUAUAGUUUCUUGUGAUGAAGAUCGUACCAUGUGGCCAAAGUUUUCUAAAAAAGGGAAAGCACCUGUCAUUGUUAAUAAUGAAGCCAUUCUUUUAGGUAUACUGAGGCAAGAAUUAGAUAUAGAGUCUCACAAGCUCUUAUAA